UUGAUAUUCACUUCAACACCUGUAGUGUAAAGACCAAUAUAAUUUGCCAAAGAAAAAAGAACAAAGACCCAGAAGCAAGAAUCACAAUCUUGAUUUAGUUGUCAAUGGAAAGUUCUUAUCUUUAUAGAGCUAGUAACAGUUUCAGAACAGGCAGUACUUUUUCUUUAAGCAGGAGAAGCAAUGGUUUAGAAAUGUUUGCACCAUCUUCUAGAAGAGAAGAAGAUGAUGAAGAGGAUUUGAAAUGGGCUGCAAUAGAGAGAUUGCCUACCUAUGACAGGUUAAGAAAGGGUGUAUUAACUACAAUGACUGGUGGUGCUAGUGAGAUUGAUAUACGCUCUCUUGGAUUGCAAGAAAGGAAGAAUUUGCUUGAAAGAUUGGUGAGAGUAGCUGAAGAAGAUAAUGAGAAAUUCUUGUUGAAGCUCAAGAAUCGUAUUGACAGAGUUGGAAUUGAUAUUCCCACAAUUGAAGUCCGAUUUGAGCAUCUAAAAAUUGAAGCAGAAGCUUACGUAGGGAGCAGAGCUUUGCCUACAUUCUUCAACUACUCUGUUAAUAUUCUAGAGGGUAUUUUGAAUUAUUUCCAUAUUCUUUCAAGCAGAAAGAAACACCUGCAUAUCCUUAAAGAUGUGAGUGGUAUAAUCAAGCCAUCAAGAAUGACAUUGCUUUUGGGUCCUCCAAGUUCCGGUAAGACCACACUCUUGUUGGCUUUGGCUGGAAAGCUUGAUCCCACUUUAAAGUUUUCAGGGAGAGUGACUUACAAUGGACAUGACUUGGAUGAAUUUAUACCCCAAAGAACUGCUGCCUAUAUCAGUCAACAUGAUCUUCAUAUAGGAGAAAUGACUGUAAGGGAAACCUUGGCUUUCUCUGCAAGAUGCCAAGGAGUUGGAACCCGUUAUGAUUUGUUAGCAGAGCUGUCAAGAAGGGAGAAAGCAGCAAAUAUUAAGCCUGAUUCUGAUAUUGAUGCCUUUAUGAAGGCAGCCGCAACAGAAGGUCAAGAGGCUAGUGUCAUAACAGAUUAUAUUCUGAAGGUUUUAGGAUUGGAAGCCUGUGCAGAUACAAUGGUAGGAGAUGAAAUGUUGAGAGGCAUUUCUGGUGGACAAAGGAAGCGUGUUACAACGGGUGAGAUGCUAGUUGGACCAGCAUUAGCAUUGUUUAUGGAUGAGAUUUCUACUGGUUUAGACAGCUCGACAACUUACCAGAUUGUGAACUCACUCAAGCAAUAUGUUCAAAUUCUUAAGGGAACUGCUUUCAUUUCUCUCCUUCAGCCAGCACCAGAGACUUAUGAUCUCUUUGAUGACAUUAUUCUCCUCUCUGAUGGCCUAAUAGUGUACCAGGGUCCUCGCGAACAAGUUCUUGAGUUUUUUGAAUUCAUGGGCUUCAGGUGUCCUGAAAGAAAAGGUGUAGCAGACUUCUUGCAAGAAGUGACAUCAAGGAAAGAUCAGAUGCAGUAUUGGGCAAGUAAAGACGAACCUUACAGAUUUAUCACUGUCAAGGAAUUUGCUGAGACAUUUGAGUCAUUCCAUGUUGGAAGGAGACUUGGACAGGAUCUUUCAACUCCAUUUGAAAAGGCCAAGAGCCAUCCAGCUGCUUUGACAACCAAAAAUUAUGGUGUCAAUAAGAAGGAGCUACUUAAAGCUUGUUUCUCAAGAGAAUUCCUACUUAUGAAGAGGAACUCAUUUGUCUUUGUUUUCAAGUUCUGUCAACUGACAAUACUGGCGUUGAUUACAAUGACACUCUUCCUUCGGACUGAGAUGCAUCGAAAUUCAGUAAUAGAUGGAGGAAUUUAUGCAGGUGCUUUGUUCUUCAUUGUUAUUCUAGUAUUGUUUAAUGGCAUGGCAGAGAUUUCCAUGACCAUUGCAAAGCUGCCUGUAUUCUACAAGCAAAGAGAACUCCGAUUCUAUCCUGCAUGGGCUUAUGCUCUUCCCACAUGGAUCCUUAAAAUCCCUAUCACAUUCAUAGAAGUUGCAAUUUUGGUAUUCACGACAUACUAUGUCAUUGGGUUUGAUCCAAAUGUAGGAAGGUUGUUUAGGCAAUACCUCUUGCUCAUAAUUGUUAAUCAGAUGGCUUCUGGAUUAUUCCGAACCAUAGCUGCAACAGGAAGGAACAUGACUGUAGCUAACACCUUUGGCUCAUUCAUACUGCUGUUGCUUUUCAUUUUGGGCGGAUUUAUCUUGUCACGAGAUAACAUAAAGAAGUGGUGGUUGUGGGGUUACUGGAUAUCUCCGAUGAUGUAUGGGCAAAAUGCAAUUGUAGUUAAUGAGUUCCUGGGACAUAGUUGGAGUCAUGUUCCCCAAAACUCAACAGAAACAUUGGGAGUUCAAGUUUUGAAGUCUCGAGGAUUCUUCACUGAAACAUAUUGGUACUGGCUAGGAGUAGGGGCAUUGCUUGGAUUCACAAUACUAUUCAACUUCUUAUACACUCUGGCUCUCACUUUUCUGAAUGCAUUUGACAAGCCUCAGGCUGUUGCACAAAAAGAACCUGAAGACAAUGAAACUGAUAGAACAGAAGACAUUCAUUUGACUAACCAUGGAAGUAGCUCUAGUAACCAAACUAACAGAGGCUUUGGACCCAGCUCUUCACACAACAAGAAGAAAAAAGGAAUGGUUCUUCCAUUUGAACCACAUUCCAUUGCAUUCGAUGAAAUUACAUAUUCUGUUGACAUGCCUCAGGAAAUAAAAAAUGAGGGCGUCCAUGAACAUAAAUUAAUACUCCUAAAGGGUGUAAGUGGUGCUUUCAGGCCAGGUGUUCUAACAGCUCUCAUGGGUGUUAGUGGCGCUGGUAAAACUACUCUAAUGGAUGUGCUAGCCGGUAGAAAAACUGGGGGAUAUAUUGAAGGAAGUAUAAAAAUUUCUGGGUAUCCAAAGAAGCAAGAAACAUUUGCUAGAAUUUCUGGAUACUGUGAGCAAAAUGAUAUCCAUUCUCCACAUAUUACUGUUUAUGAGUCAGUGCUAUUCUCCGCCUGGCUUCGUCUACCUCCUGAAGUAGACAGUGAAACUAGAGAGAUGUUUGUUGAGGAAGUCAUGGAGCUUGUGGAACUGAAUCCAUUGAGGCAAGCCUUAGUUGGAUUGCCGGGUGUAAAUGGUCUGUCAACUGAACAACGCAAGCGUCUAACAAUUGCAGUUGAGCUAGUAGCAAACCCGUCAAUUAUUUUUAUGGAUGAGCCAACUUCAGGAUUAGAUGCAAGAGCUGCAGCCAUAGUCAUGAGAACAGUUAGAAACACGGUAGAUACUGGAAGAACGGUUAUAUGCACCAUCCAUCAGCCUAGCAUUGAUAUAUUUGAAACUUUUGAUGAGUUAUUCCUGUUGAAGCGAGGUGGACAAGAGAUAUAUGUGGGACCACUAGGUCAUCAUUCUUGCCAGUUAGUCAAGUAUUUUGAGGGAAUUGAAGGAAUCAGCAAAAUCAAAGAUGGCAAUAAUCCAGCAACUUGGAUGUUGGAAGUUACAACAGCAGCACAAGAAGUAGCUUUGGGGGUUGAUUUUGCUGAUAUAUACAAAAAUUCAGAGUUGUAUAGAAGAAACAAAGAACUUAUUAAGGAUUUAAGCAAGCCUGCUCCUGGUUCAAAAGACCUUUAUUUCCCUACCCAGUAUGCGAGAUCGUAUUUUGCUCAAUUCUUGGCAUGCUUAUGGAAACAACAUUUAUCAUAUUGGUGCAAUCCUCCAUACACUGCAGUGAGAUUUCUCUUUACAACCUUCAUAGGCCUAAUCUUUGGAACAGUGUUCUGGAAUCUUGGCUCCAAAAUGACAAAGCAGCAAGAUCUUUUUAACGCAAUGGGGUCAAUGUACGCUGCUGUUCUCUUCCUUGGCAUACAAAAUGCAUCAUCCGUGCAGCCUGUGGUAGCUGUGGAACGAACAGUUUUUUACAGAGAAAGAGCAGCCGGAAUGUAUUCUGCCUUGCCAUAUGCCUUCGGACAGGUUGCGAUUGAACUUCCAUAUAUCUUUGUGCAAGCUGCAGUGUAUGGUGUUAUAGUCUAUGCAAUGCUAGGAUUCGAAUGGAACGUCUCCAAGUUCUUUUGGUAUUUAUUUUUCAUGUACUUCACAUUGUUAUACUUCACCUUCUAUGGCAUGAUGGCUGUGGCAGUAUCACCAAACCACCAGAUUGCUUCAGUAAUUUCUUCUGCAUUUUAUGCAAUAUGGAACUUGUUUUCUGGGUUCAUAAUUCCAAGGCCUCGGAUGCCUGAGUGGUGGAAAUGGUACAGUUGGAUAUGUCCAGUAGCUUGGACACUGUAUGGACUGGUAGCAUCACAAUUUGGAGAUAUCAAAGAGAAACUUGAAACAGGUGAAACAGUGGAAGAUUUUGUGAGAGAAUAUUUUGGUUUCAGACAUGAGCUUCUUGGAGUAGUAGCAACUGUAGUGUUUGGAUUUUCUGUGCUUUUUGCGUUUGCUUUUGCAAUUUCCAUAAAGUUGUUUAAUUUCCAGAGACGAUGAUAUAAUUUCCUCUGGUUUCUGUGUAAGUCUGCCAAAGAGCUAAUGUAAUGUCAUAAUGGUUAAAUGUCUUUCAGAAA